AACAACACAUUCGACGCAUUCAGAAUAUAGAGUUGAAAGAAGAAGAAAAAAACAAAGAAGAAGAUGAAGAUUUUAUUUGCUGCAUUCCUAAUUGUCGUUCUGGCGGCACUGAUUCAUGGCGGCUGCAUUGGAAGACCACGCACCCCCUCUUGCCAUGAGGACAAGGACGAGGGCACCGAAAAGGAGGGCUAUGUUGGCCGCCGCAUGUGGUACUACAGCAAGGAGACACGCCAGUGUGAACAGAUGCAGUACAAGGGCUAUGGCGGCAAUGAUAAUCGUUGGUGUACCUUGUCGGAGUGCAGCCAUCAUUGUGUCUACGAAAGUGGAGAUGUUGGAGAGUGAACAUUUUGUGUGAAGAAUUUUUGAAAUGUGAAAAAAGAUGUUUUCGAGAUUUUUUUUCUGAGAAUCAUACGGCAA